AUCGUCCACAGAUAAUCUCCUUUACACACCAGAUGUCUAUGAAUGACAGCCUCAUGAGUGAGUCUAGUGUUUGUGCUGCGGCUCCUUUAAGAACCAGGCAGCAGCGUAUUCGUUACCGGGACGACACAAAACGGACAAACUCUCUGGGUCGUCUGUGAGCAGCAGCAGAAGUGUGGGAGUGUCCAAACUAAGGGCAGUGAACACCUUUACAAGUAACAGAUUCAGCACGUUAAAUAGUAGACUGCCGAUCUCUUCCAGGAAUAAUCAAAGGAGUGUGCUGGUGCUUUCUGCACGAGCAGAAGAACGAACUGUUGAAAAAUGAGCAAAAAAUACGAAUCCGCGAACGUGUCUGAGUUGGAGGAACACAUUUCUCUCAAGUAUGAAAUCAAGAAGAGACUUGGAAAAGGGGCUUAUGGCAUUGUAUGGAAAGCAGUUGACAGACAGACCGGCGAGAUUGUGGCUGUGAAGAAGAUCUUUGACGCCUUCAGGAACAGGACAGAUGCCCAGCGGACAUUCAGGGAGAUCAUGUUCCUCCAGGAGUUUGGAGAUCAUCCCAACAUUGUCAGACUUCUAAAUGUCGUCAGAGCGCAAAACGAUAAAGACAUUUAUCUCAUCUUUGAAUAUAUGGAUACUGACCUGCAUGCAGUGAUAAAGAAAGGCACCCUACUGAAGGACAUCCACAAACGUUAUGUGAUGUAUCAGCUCCUCAAAGCCAUCAAAUACCUGCAUUCAGGAAAUGUUAUCCACAGGGACCAAAAGCCAUCCAAUGUGCUGCUGGACACUGACUGUGUAGUCAAGCUGUGUGAUUUCGGCUUGGCCAGAUCACUUAACCAGAUCCAAGAGGACAGUGGGAAUCCAGCACUGACGGAGUACGUGGCGACGCGUUGGUACCGAGCUCCCGAGAUCCUGCUGGGAUCCACAAGGUACACUAAAGGUGUGGACAUGUGGAGUCUUGGCUGUAUCCUGGGAGAGAUGCUGCUGGGGAAAGCCCUGUUCCCUGGGACCUCCACCAUCAACCAAAUAGAGAAGAUCAUGAGUGCCAUACAACACCCCAGUACAGAAGAUAUUCUCGCAAUCAAGUCUGAAUAUGGAUCUUCUGUCAUUCAGAGAAUGUUACUGAAACCACAGGUGCCUUUGGAGGAUCUUCUCCAGCCAUCUGUGCCUCCUGAUGCUCUGGACCUGUUGAGAGGUUUGCUGGUUUUCAACCCAGACAAGCGGCUGACUGCUGAGCAAGCCCUCCAGCACGCAUAUGUAGCCAGGUUUCAUAGUCCAGCCAAGGAGCCAGCUCUUAACUAUGAUGUAGUGCUGCCAGUGGACGAUGAUGUACAAUUAUCUGUAGUUCAGUACCGCAACAAACUUUAUGAGAUGAUGCUGGAGAGGCGAACUAAUCAGGGGAUGCUAAGGCUGAUCCAGCCAAAGGGUGGAGGCGGUGGCAGUGGCAGGGAGAAGCCCAAUGUGAAGGAUAAAGUAGAGAAGUGCCCAGUGACCGUGAAUGGCAGUGGGGAUUGUGACCAUGAGGGGAAAACGCAACAUGAAAAGACUGAUGAGACAAACCACGUGCCUUCACCUACGGGUGUCACCAACCCUGGGCCUGUGAAUGCGUCAACCUCGCCUGCUGUGGAGAAUCCAGUACCUACCCCUGGUUUGGGAAAACUCACAUAUAACCCCAUCACACAUGCCCCAAAUGGUUUUGUUCGAAGUCCCGCUGGUCCUACUCAUUCCUACCACUCCACUGCAGCCAGCAAGAGACUUGUGGAACAGACUGGCAAUGGAACAACAUCACCAACAGAGGGCACCAAAGCUAAUUCCAUGGACCAGAUUCUCCAGCGUGGCCGAUCAGCCCCUAUGACCCAUAACCGUUCUUUCUCCUUGACCCUAAACCAAACCCAGAACAACCCUUUGGUUCGUAAAGAUGAGCCAUCCCUGUCCUCUGGGCUAUGCGUCACAUCUGCACGCCUGAACCAGCGUUCGAAUUCUCAGGUUCGUGAGGCUCGGCCACCGCCAAGGUUCAGCAAGAAAGUAUUUCAGAGUAACUGUAAUGUGGCAGCUGCAGGCGACCCUCGAGCCAAACUGGGAAGCUAUACCCAGGCCUAUGGUACCAUCAACAAGACUGACCUGGACAAUCUGCUUCGACGCCACCCAUACAAUCAGUAACUGCUGUCAUGUCAGUGGUUACAUAGGGGCCAGGUGGCAUGUGUGUUUGAACUUACAACAAAGUUUGCCUGGUACCAAGAUGUUAGGCAGAUGGCAAACUGAAAGAGAACUUGUAAAAAGAAACUAUAAAGAUUGUCAUGUCAGACACUUCUUGUAUACUGUAGAUUGUACCCAUUGUCCUCACAAACAGUGUGACUUCACAUUACAUUUAUCAAAUUGUACUAGCCAUUCAUGAAAAUAUGUAUUUGUUUAGUUUCUUCCACAAGUUUCACUCAACAGCGUUUUUCACAAGGCUGGAUUACCAGCCGGCCAAAGAGGUCUAGAGAUUUUAAGGGGGCCCUGUAGGCUAAUGUUAGGUGUGUCAAUAAGUUUGUGGUGGUCAUUUACUAAUUUCUUUGGGAAUAUUCACCACUUUGACAAAUUGUCAGCUGAAAUGUUGAUUUGUCUGCAUGUCCAUCUGUAGAGUGACCAUUUGUCAACUUUCAUAUGCUAAAUAUUCUUAAAUACGUUUGUGUUUUAACUCCGUAUCACAAACAGGGUGCCCACAAUACUUUUUGCCCCAGCCAUCUACAGGGUUAAACCAGCCAGGAUUUUUCAUGUUGAUCUACGUAGCUAAUGACCUAUGGGCAUAGUGGUUUAUGUAAAUAAACCCAGUUGGUUUGAGAUGGUAACAGAAUAACUGUAAAAUAUGCAAAUAGUUGUUUGAAUUGAUUAUAUGCAACAAAUAAUUAUUUUUCAUGUGAAUAAAGCAGUAGUAACUUGUUCCUCUGA